AUGGAGCUCUCUGACAUCUUGUAUGUGUCGCAUGGCAAGGAGCGCAUGGCCCUUUCGAUUUCGACAGCCACUGACGUUAGCGUGAUUUCGAUAUGUAGCCGGAUCGUGAACUUGGUCGUUGCGGUCAUCACCGUUCUAGGUGGUAUCGCCCAGAUUUUCAACUUCCAGCUGCAAGCGAUUAUCCUAGGGGCUUAUAUGAUCGUUUUCGGUCUCGCUAUUGCCCUCCUAGAGUUCCAGAUCCCUCCUCAGGUAUCUCGAUACGCCAACUUCCUGUUCUCCUUCAUCGGAAGAGGCAUCUUCUAUAUCCUCCUUGGUGGUCUCCUCUUCGGCAAAGGGGUCCUCCCCAAUAUUGCCGGUGGGAUUGUCUGCAUUUUCGGUGUCGGCUACGUUGCUCUCGAAUUCAUCCCCUCGAUCGAGCCGCCUAGCAACAUGCGCGAGGCCGAUGCAGGCUGGGGCGCCGAGCAGGUCUAA